AUGACGAAGCGAAAUCGCUGGGACUCAGACUCAGACUCCGCUGAUGAUAGUGUCUCCCGUCGCAAGCAUCCCGUCUCUGACCGCAGUAAUUCGAUUGUUAUUUCCUCCAGUGCUUCAUCUUUAUAUGGCGACGAUUCCGGUGUCCUACAUCCGUCUACAAGUGAAAAAAGUGACGAUUUAAAUGAGGACCCUCCAAGACAUAAUUUCUAUCUUCUAGGCUGUCGCAGCGUCGACCGCUACGCUCGAAUCGGCAAAAUCGACGAAGGAACGUACGGCGUCGUAUCUAAAGCUCGAGACAAGGACACGGAUGAUGUCGUAGCGCUCAAACAGGUCAAAAUGAGCGCUGAUGCCAGUCAAGAAGGCUUUCCCAUCACGGCUUUGCGUGAAACCAAUGUGCUGCUAGCUUUGGACCAUCCAAAUAUUGUUCAAGUACGGGAAAUGGUGGUGGGAUCCACCCCCGAUAAGAUUUAUAUGGUCAUGGAUUAUGCUGAGAAUGACCUGAAGCACGUGAUGCAGACCAAGAUGAAGGCUCCGUGGCUACAGUCGGAAGUGAAAUACCUCUUGCACUCACUGCUGAGUGCGGUGGCUUAUAUGCACGAUCGGUGGUAUAUUCAUCGGGAUCUCAAAACUAGCAAUUUGUUGUAUGAUGCACGCGGAGUACUGAAGGUUUGUGAUUUUGGACUGGCUCGCAAGUACGGCUCACCACUGAGAACGUACACACAGCCAGUUGUGACGCUGUGGUAUCGUUCUCCCGAGCUCCUACUUGGUGCGAAGAAAUACUCGACGGCGGUGGAUAUGUGGUCGGUUGGAUGCAUUUUCGCCGAGAUGCUGUUGAUGAAACCGCUGUUUGCAGGACGUGGAGAAAUCGACCAAACAGACCAGAUUUUCAAGUUGCUAGGAGCACCUAAUGAGCAUAAUUGGCCUGGGGUCGAUGAAGAUGUACCUGAUGCAAACGUUAGCGUGCGUGGAAAGUGGCCGAAGCAUUCUCGACUACGUGCUAAGUUUCCACUCGCUGCAACUUUUUCAGGUAGUGGGUGCUCGCUGUCGAAAGCAGGAUUUGACCUAUUAUGUCGGAUGCUAGCUCUCAGCCCGCGCGAGCGAAUCUCAGCCAAGGAUGCACUGGCACACGAAUAUUUCCAAGAGUCCCCUCCACCCAAGCAACAGGAGCUAAUGCCGACAUUUCCUGCAUAG